AUGAUGCAUGUAAUGGCACGUUACAAGACGGAAUCCUGUCGUAAACCACCUCGAAUGUGUCGACAAGGCUACUCCUGUCCAUACUAUCACAAUGGCAAAGAUAAACGAAGAAUGCCUGAGCGAUGUUUCUAUCGAAGCACUCCGUGUCCGGCGGUUAGACUUGCAGAUGAGUGGCUUGAUAGCUCCCUCUGCGAUGCUGGCGAUGCUUGUGCCUUCUGCCACACUCGCACUGAACAGCAAUUCCAUCCUGAGUGGUCAGUGGAGCCAAUUCAAACAAACGUCAAGUUAGGGAGAAGAUAUGACGUGGUGGGGUAUGGUUAUACACUACAAGAUUUCUCUCUGGGGUAUGUUGAUAUGAGCCACUUAAAGGAGACUCCAACCGUCUAA